CUCGUGCGGACAGCCCCAUCCCAGCGGCGCAGGACUCACGAGCUCUCCGCAGAGGCGCGCGCGUGUGCAAGUCUUUUUUUUUGGUGCGCGAGGCAAAGUGGGUUCAAACGAUCGCCACGGAUAUCGCAAGCGACCGUAAAUUCCCCCUUUAGUUUUUUUUUUUUUUUGUUACUGCAAGACCCGGGAGUGCACGUACGGAUUCAGUUCGGUCAAUGAAGUUCCACCGAGAGUGGGACGGAAGACAGACGGCGCACUCGCUGCAGAAGAGACUCUUAAAACUUUUGGUAAUUAGUUGCUCACUGGCUUUAAGACAGGGACCUUGACUUUCUCUUCCCCAGCGUGCAGGACUCUUGCUGGACUGCCAAGAAAAUGGGGAGGCGGAUUUAUGUCCAAAAAGUAUUUGGACUUGUCAUCUCGUUGGUACUUACGUCGCAUCUCACUCAUGUGGCCCGGAGCUCAAAGGUGUGGGGGGAGGUGCCUUUCCUGGGAGACCUGGAGGCCGCCAAGGAGGUGAGACCACAGCGGUACCUCGACGACGACGAGGACUUCGCUGGAGAAGAAGCCUCAGGAGAUGUGAUCAGCGGUGAAGAGGAGGGAAGCACCCCCGAGCCAACUGUCGAACCCGCUGGAACAACAGUCUACUACCGGGCGCUGGUCAACUUCACCGAUUCCUUCCUGUACAGCCCUGAGCUGGACGACAUCUACUCCGACGCCUUCCAAGAAAUCUCGUCCGCCGUCGUGGACACGUUGGAAUCAGAGUACAACAGGAUACCUGGCACCCAGUCUGUCAAUGUGGUUCUCAUCAAGAAAAGUGGCAAGGACGUGUUUGUGGAGCUGGACGUGGGCUCGGACGACAACCCGAACCAGGCGCAGAUCCGCAAGGUGCUUUACUCCGUGGUCAGCGAAGGGACCAUCGCCUCCUACGUGACAUCCAUCCAGGGCUUCCAGUUCCGACACCUGGGAGAGCUGAGGCCCAGCCCGCGGCCGUGCACACACGAGGAGUUCACCUGCAAAAGCGGCACUUGCAUCCCCCUGGAAUACGUGUGCGACAAGCGGGCCGACUGCGAGGACUUGAGCGACGAGACCAGCUGCGAGGCGCCAACUCCACCCCCGGCCCCCCAAUCCACUCGACGUCCCACCACGACAAUGAGGCGGCCCCCGCUAGGUCUGGGGCCGUGCCGCGCCGACCAGGCGACCUGCCAGAGCGGGGAGUGCAUCUCCCGCGACUACCUGUGCGACGGCGAGCGAGACUGCAGCGACGGCAGCGACGAGCUCAAGUGUGGAACGCCGUCCCCCUGCGAGCCCAACGAGUUCAAGUGCCAGAACGGCCGCUGCGCCCUGAAGCUUUGGCGCUGCGACGGAGAUAAUGACUGUCAAGACAACUCGGACGAGAUGGACUGUCCUGCAGGGAAGCCUGGGGACGUGUGCGCGCCGGAGCAGUUCGUUUGUCUGAGCGACCACACCUGCAUUCCCGCCAGCUACCAGUGCGACGAGGAGCCGGACUGCGCCGACCGCUCGGACGAGUACGGCUGCGCCCCUCCCACUGUGACCAGCCCUCCGGAAGAGUCCAUUACCGCAGCACGGGGGCAGACGGUCACCUUCACUUGUGCUGCGAUUGGUGUGCCUACCCCCAUCAUCACUUGGAGGCUUAAUUGGGGGCAUAUUCCAAGCAGCAACAGGAUCUCCAUGGCGACCGAGAACGGGCGGGGCACGCUGACGAUCCGUGACGUGAAGGAGGGGGACCAGGGAGCCUACACCUGUGAGGCCAUCAACGCCAAAGGCCUGGUGUUUGCUAUCCCAGAUGGAGUGCUCACCCUGUCUCGUGUCCCAAGUGACUGUCCCGAGGGACACUUUAACGCGGGCAGCCGAUGCAUGCCCUGCUUCUGCCUGGGCAUCACCAAGAACUGUCAGAGCACCGGCCGGUACCGCAACCAGAUUGCCCUGCGCUUCACCGAGGAGGACGACUUCAGAGGAGUGAACGUGUCUUUCCCGACCCGGCCGGGAACACCCCCACCCCUCUCUUCCACCCAGAUGUUGGUGGACCCGGAGCAGGAGGAGUUCCAGCUGGUGGAUCUGUCCCGCCGCUUCCUGGACCUGGACUCGUACUGGACUCUGCCGCGCCAGUUUCUGGGUAGCAAGGUGGACUCUUAUGGGGGAUACCUGAGGUAUAAGGUGAGCUACUUCCUCCAGAGGGGCGGCUCGGAGCCGCUGGACAAGCCUGACGUUGUGCUCAGGGGGAACGGCGUGAGGCUGACCUACCACCACAGCUCACCCACUGCAGCCAACAUCAAGAACCCACGAGAGAUCCGGUUCACUGAGGAGAACUGGCAGCACUUGUCUGGGCAGCCGGCGCAGCGCGAGGACCUCCUCAUGGUACUGGCCAACCUGGAGAGCAUCAGCCUCCGCACCAUCUAUGACAACCGCAUGGUCAGCGUGGGGCUGAGCGACAUCGCCAUGGACACCACCACUGUGGAGUUCAGCCUGCAGGGCCAGCCUAAAGACGUGGAGGAGUGCAGGUGCCCCCCCGGCUACUCUGGUCUGUCCUGCGAGAAGUGCUCCUCUGGGUUCGAGCGUGUGCCCGGUGGGCCCUACCUGGGCACGUGCACUGGCUGUAACUGUCACGGUCAUGCCAGUACGUGCGACCCUGUCAGCGGACACUGCCUGAGCUGUCAGCACAACACGGAGGGACCCCGCUGUGAUAAGUGCCGGCCCGGCUACUUCGGCGACCCCAGCCGGGGUCGGCCCGAUGACUGCAAGCCCUGCCCCUGCCCCUACACGGAGACGUCUCGCAGAUUUUCGGACACCUGCUUCCUGGACGUGGACGGCCAGGCCACAUGUGACACGUGCAGAGCCGGCUACACUGGCCGGCGCUGUGAGAAGUGUGUGCCAGGGUAUGUGGGUAACCCCCUGCAGCCUAACGGCAGGUGUGCCCCAGCUGAGGUCUCCAGCUGUGACAACCGAGGAACCAUCAGUUCCGCCAGCAGGCCGUGCAGCUGCAAGGCCAACGUGGGCGGAGCUUUGUGUGACGAGUGCAAGCCAGGCUCCUUCCACCUGACUGCUGGGAACCCGGACGGCUGCCUGUCGUGCUUCUGCAUGGGUGUGACCCAGCAGUGCGCCAGCUCCACCUGGACCAGAGAUCAGGUUCGCGGCGGUGUCAAUGGACAGCUUUUCUCUCUGUCCACGGGAACCAGCACACACACUGUCACAGAGGGCAUCACCCAGAGGGGCAGCGCAGAGGUGGUCUACCAAUCCUUCACCAACAUCCCCAGCGACAUCUACUACUGGGUCCUGCCCGAGAGUUUCCGCGGAGACAAGGUGACGGCGUACGCUGGAGAGCUGCGCUACCGAGUGCGCUAUGAGCCUCAUGCGCACUCAUCCGUGAGCGAGGGUCACCCGGACGUACUUCUCCAGGGCAACGGCAUCUUCUUGGAGCACUACUCGCAGACGAAGCCUCUGCCGCGGGUGCCGACCUCGGUCAUGGUGCCCUUCAGGGAGUCGGCAUGGAGGAGACCCGGCGGGCAGCCCUGUAAUCGAGAGCACCUGCUGAUGGUCUUGGCUGACAUCACCGGCUUCAUGAUUAGGGCCACGUACGCCAGCAGCAUGACCGAGAGCAGCAUUUCUGAUAUCCAGAUGGACAUCGCCAUGCCCCACUCCACAGGCAGCGAGAGGGCCCUGGAAGUGGAGGAGUGCGCCUGCCCUCCAGGUUACAGGGGGCCCUCAUGCCAGGAGUGUGAUGUAGGAUACACGCGCACGGGUUCUGGCCUUUAUCUUGGCACCUGUGUGAAGUGCGAGUGCCAUGGGCAUGCCAGCAGCUGUUACCCAGAGACAGGAGCAUGCCAGCAAUGCCUGCACAACACAGCUGGACCUCAAUGCGAGACCUGUCUCCCUGGUUUCUAUGGCGACCCAGUGACUGGAGAUGCCUAUGCCUGUAGGCCAUGCCCUUGCAUGGGGGAUGCCCCUGGCAACAAUGGUGCGAAGUCCUGCUACUUGGACACGGAUGGAUACCCCACUUGUAACAACUGUCCUCCAGGUUACAUUGGAAGACACUGCGAGAGAUGUGCUCCUGGAUACACCGGAAAUCCUGUGCUUGGACAAAGAUGCACAGUAGGAAGCAACGGAAACUGCUACCACUGUGACCAAGGAGGCAGUGAUGGCUGCAGCCCGGGCAGGAUCUGCCGCUGCAAGAUGAAUGUGGAAGGCCCGUCCUGUGACACCUGCAAGCUCGGCACCUUCCACCUCAGCCCUGCCAACAAAGACGGAUGUCUGGGCUGCUUCUGCAUGGGGGUCACUCAGCAGUGCUCGAGCUCCAGCUUCUACAGAGACGUGAUCUCCACCGUGUUCGUCCCCGGCGGCACGCAAGGCUUUGCUCUCGUGAACCGGCAGCGCUCCAACCGCAUCGACAGCGGCUUCUCUGUGGAGGUGUCCACGGGUGGAACACAGCUGUCCCACACUGGCUUUGACCAAAUUGGACAGGAGCCCCACUACUGGCAGCUGCCUAAGAUGUACCAGGGAGACAAGUAUGCUCUGGUCUACAAAGGUUUCAGCUUGCACCCGGAAGAGGUACUCUUCUGGCAGCUCCCGGACAGCUUCGGCGGGGACAAGGUUGGGUCCUACGGGGGGAAGCUGAAAUACAGCGUCUCUUAUGUUCCCGGAUCCCGGGGAGCUCCCAUAGAGGAUGUUGACGUUCAGAUCAUCGGUAACGACAUCACCCUGGUGGCCCGACAGGACUGGCGAAGAGGGCACGGGACAAGAGAGUCCCGUGACUUUGAGAUUGUCUUCAGAGAGGAGUACUGGCAGCGUCCCGACGGCAUGCCAGCGACUCGGGAGCACCUGAUGAUGGUGCUGGCCGACCUGGAUGACAUCCUGAUCCGAGCCUCCUACCACACGGAGAUGCGCUCCUCCAGCAUCUCGGGCAUCAGCAUGGAGAUCGCCGUGCCAAGCUACACCGGCCUGGCUCAGGCUCUGGAGGUAGAGAAGUGCCAUUGCCCGGCCGGGUACCAAGGCCUUUCCUGCCAGGACUGCGCGCCAGGUUACACCCGUACAGGCGGAGGGCUGUACCUUGGUCACUGUGAGCCGUGCGAGUGUAACGGACACUCAGACUCCUGCCAUGCAGAGACAGGAAUUUGCUCGAGUUGCCUGCAUAACACCAUGGGGGAGCAGUGUGAACAGUGUGCACCAGGCUUCUUUGGAGAUGCCACUGCCGGAACCCCCGAGGACUGCCAGCCCUGUGCCUGUCCCCACACUGACCUGGAGAACCAGUUCUCCCCCACCUGUGAGAGUCUGGGAAAUGGCGACUACCAAUGUACUGCGUGCCAGCCAGGCUAUAGCGGCAAGUAUUGCGAGCGCUGCGCACCUGGAUAUGUCGGAAAUCCACAAAAGAGGAUCAGAUGCCAACCAUACAACGCUGCUGCCUCUCUGGUGGUGAAGGUGCACCCGGAGAGGGUGCUGGUGUCCCCGGGCAGCCCGGUCACUCUCAGGUGCCAAGCGUCAGGAGUCACGCCUCACUUCUUCUACUGGACCCGCGACGAUGGCCAACCUAUCUCCAGCUCGGCUGAACGGCACAGACAAGGGGAGGAGCUACACUUCCUCAGCGUGCAGGCUUCUGAUGCCGCCAUCUACACCUGCACAUGCCGGAACCAGCAACACACCAACCGGAGCCAAGCCGAAAUCAUCAUAACAACCUCUCCUUCCAAACCCAUCGAGGUGUUCAUCGAGGAGCCCAAGGCUCAGACCGUGACGAUAGGAGCUACAGUCAGCUUCAUCUGCACUGCCAAGAGCAAAUUGCCCGCAUACACCCUGGUGUGGACCCGAAGGGGAGACGGCAAGCUGCCCAACCGCGCCAUGGACUUCAACGGCAUUCUCACCAUCCAGAAGGUUCAGCCCGAAGAUGCCGGUGUCUACGUGUGCACCGGCUCCAACAUGCUCGCCAUGGACGAGGGCACCGCGGUCCUCUACGUCCCAGAGGGAUCUAAGCCUGAGAUGUUUUACACAGCCUAUGAAAUGUUUGAAGGACAUAGACAGCCUGCCCAGGGUGCUCAGCCUGUGGCCACGGUCCAGCCGCCCGUGCUCACCGUCCAGCAGGGCCAGCGUGCGGAGUUCCACUGCACUGCCACUGGCAACCCUGCCCCUGCAGUCGAGUGGACAGGAGGCCCUGGGAACCGCAUCAGCGGCAGUGCCGUCAUCCGGGGCGGCAUUCUCACCUUCCCCACCGUGGACCGUGCAGACGAGGGCCAGUACAUGUGCCGCGCCCUAAACACACACGGCGAGCACACAGCACAGGCUGUUCUCUACGUGCACAGCGCCAGCUUUCCCCACGUGCAGGUGAGCCCACAGCAGGUGGAGAUCCACGAGGGCGACACGCUGAGGUUGUACUGCAGGGGCGAGGCACGCCCCAGCCCUGAACUCACCUGGAAGAGGAGAGGCGGCACGCUGCCCACGCAGGCCAUACCUUCUCACGGUUUCCAUCAGUUUAACUCGAACAGUCUUGAUGUAUUACAGAGACAUAUUGAAGAGCUGCAGGCAAGCACGGAGCGCACGGACUUCGGCACGCUGCUCAUCCCCAACGUCACACUGGCGGACGCUGGCACGUAUCUGUGCGUGGGCACCAACGCCAUAGGCUCCUCCGAGGCACCCAUCAGGGUCACUGUGAUCAAAGGAGAGACCGCCGCCAGUGUGAUCACCAUCCAGCCCUCCAUUGCCUCGGUGGUGGAGGGAGAGAUGCUGGACCUGAACUGCAUUGUCCCGGGAGACCCUCCACCUUCUGUCACGUGGAGCAGAGCCAGUGGCCACCUCUCCUCCUUCCACCAGGUUUUAGGAACGCAGCUGCGCAUCCUGAGAGCCUCCCCCGAUGACUCGGGAGAAUACAUCUGCAGGGUGGUCGGAGGCCCGCAUGUCCGUCAGGCGUCCGUGUCCGUGUCUGUCACCUCUGAGUCCUCCCGUCUCCAGAGCCCCAUCAUCUCCAUCGAGCCCCACAGCGCGGCUGUGCGGCAGGGCGAGGCAGCCAGCUUCCGGUGCCGUGUGCACAGCGGGGCCCAGCCCGUGCGUUUGGAAUGGAAGUUUGCCAGCGACCAGCCCCUGCCAGAUAACGUGAAGAUCGGCCCAGAUGCCUCGGUGAUCACCAUCGCCAACGCCCAGGCCAAGAACCAGGGCACGUACCGCUGCGUGGCCAGCAACCUGUUUGGAAUCACCCACAGCAUCGUGUCUCUGGUUGUAAGAGAGUCCCCCAGGGCCACAGUGACCCCCGCAGGGCCCGUGCACGUGACAGUGGGCAACCCCAUUAACCUGGAGUGCCAGGCAGCCGGAGAACCGCGACCCUCCGUUACCUGGCACCGGCUGGACAAUGCCCGCAAGACCGUGCUGACCAGCCCCGUUCCCGCAGAGUCCAACGUGGUCCUGCAGAUCUUGGUGGCGCGGCCCGAGGACAGCGGCACCUAUGUUUGCGCGGCGCAGAACAGCCAGGGCAAGACGGAGACGAGCGUGGAGGUGGUGGUGGAAGGAGGCACGCAGGUGCCCACCGUGCCCCUCGCCAACGUGAAGGAGCCCCUGAUGAUUGUAGUGGAGGGCGCGACCACCACCCUGCAGUGCGAUGCCCACGGAUUCCCAAAGCCAACCAUCACCUGGUCUAAGCUGCGUGCCCCUCUCCCCUGGAGGCACAAGAUAGUCAAUAACAGCCUGGUUCUCCCCAGCGUGGGCCGUCAGGACUCUGGCCAGUACAUCUGCAAUGCCACCAACCCCCUGGGCACCAGCGAGGCCACCAUCAUGCUGGAUGUGGAAACGCCGCCGUACACCACCGUGCUGCCGGACGACGUGGCGGUCCGCGAGGGUGAGGUGAUCCGUCUGCAGUGCCUGGCCCACGGCACCCCGCCGCUGCGCUUUGAGUGGAGCAGAGAGGGCGGGCCCCUGCCCCCCGCUGCCGAACAGCAGGGGGCGGACCUGCAGAUCAAUCUGGCCACGCCCGCCGACGCAGGCACCUACGUGUGCGUGGCCAGCAACGAAGUGGGCAGCAGCAAGGCGACGGCCAAAGUGCGGGUGCGAUCGCCCCUGUCGGUGCGCGUGGCCCCCCAGGUGGAGGUGAAGGCCGUGGGCAGCGCGGUGGAGUUCACCUGCUCAGCCAGCGGGGGCGCCGAGGUCACACUGGAGUGGCUGAAGGAGGGAGGAGCCCUCCCGCUCAACCACCACAUCAAAGACGGCGUACUGAGGAUCGAGAACCUCGAGAAGAGCAACGAGGGUGUGUACAUCUGCCGAGCAAGCAGCGUGUUCGGCCAGGCCCAAGACAGCGCCAAGCUCGCCAUUCAAGCCCUGCCCAAGGUGACGAUCAACGUGCGCACGUCCGUGCAGACGGUCAUGGUGGGAGGGGCGGUGGAGUUUGAGUGUCACGCUGUGGGCGAGCCCGAACCAUCGGUGCACUGGAGCAAGGCGGGCGGCCCACUGCCCGAGCACGUGCACGUCAGGGGUGGCCUGCUGCGGAUCGAGCACGUGACGGAGGCUGACGCCGGCCAGUAUCGCUGCACGGCAACCAACGACGUGGGCUCCGUGCAGUCCCAAGUGGUCCUCAACGUCCAGUCUUUGCCCCAGAUUGUUGCCCAGCCCGAGGCGAAGGAAGUGACCAUUGGCUCUACUGCCAUCUUUCCCUGCAUCGCGUCAGGGUACCCAGUUCCGACCAUCAUGUGGUCAAAGCUGGAUGGCGAGCUCCCCCUGAAGGUCACGCAGGACGGGCAUGUGCUCACUGUGCCAGAAGUCAGCCACGAGGACUCGGGCACGUAUGUGUGCACGGCGGCCAACAAGCAGGGCAAGGUGCAGGCGUUCACCAAGCUCGUUGUGCACGAGCAAGUGAUGCCUUACUUCAGUCAGGAACCUCUGCAUACCUCCACCAUGCCUACAAUCAAAAACUCCUACAAAGCGUUCAACAUCAAGGUCACCUUCAGGCCGGACAACGUGGACGGUCUCAUUUUGUACGCGGGGAUGAUCCUGUAUAACGGACAGAAGAAGACGAUGGGAGCCGAUUUCAUUUCCUUUGGGCUGGUGGGCGGCCGCCCUGAGUUCAGGUUCGAUGUGGGCUCUGGCAUGGCGACCAUCCGCCACCCCAGCGCGAUCAAGCUGGGUGAGUUCCACACCGUGCAGCUGUGGCGUAAUGGCACUCUGGGCUCCCUGGCGGUGGACGAGGAGGCCCCCAUCAAUGGCAGCUCGCAGGGCAAAUUCCAAGGCCUGGAUUUGAACGAGGAGCUGUUUGUGGGCGGCUAUCCAAACUAUAGCAUGAUCGCCAAGACUGCAGAGCUCAAAACCGGCUUUGUUGGUUGCAUUAGUCAUCUGGUCAUCCAGGAGAGGAAAUCAUUUUUCAAGGACCUUGACAAAAGUUCUACUGGCGUUACUAACUGCCCAACCUGCAAGGAUCACCCGUGUCAGAACGGUGGGGUGUGUCAGGAUUCGGUGGCCAGUCUGUACAAGUGCAACUGCAUGCAAGGCUUCACUGGGAGCAACUGUCAGCACCAGUCUGCCCUGCGCUGCCACCCAGAGGCCUGUGGGCCGGACGCCACAUGCAUCAACCGCCCCAACGUCAUGGGUUAUGACUGCCGCUGUCACCUCGGAAAACACGGGACCAAGUGCAUGGCCGGCACGCUGGUCACCACGCCAUCGUUCGACGGCAAGGAUUCGUACAUCGCCUACCCGCCCCUCACCAACAUCCACAACGACCUGCGCAUCGACAUGGAGUUCAAGCCCAUGUCCACAGAUGGCCUCAUGUUCUUCAGCGGGGGGAGGAAGAUGAAGGUGGAGGACUUCGUGGCUCUCUCCAUGGUGGAUGGGCAUGUGGAGUUCCGAUUCGAGCUCGGAACAGGCCAGGCCGUGCUGCGUAGCCAGGAACCCGUCUCGUUGGGCCAGUGGCAUCACGUGUCCGCGGAGCGUCUGGGUAAGGACGGCUCUCUGAAGGUGGACCACGCGCGCGAGAUCCAGAGGUCCUCGCCCGGCAAGGCACAGGGCCUCAACAUCUACACGCCAUGUUCCUCGGGCGGAGUUCCCAGCAUGGACCUCCUUCCCAAACCCGCCAAUGUCAGCUUGCUGUUCGACGGCUGCAUCGAAGAGGUGUCCAUCAACGGGAAGAAGCUGGACCUGUCGUACAGCUUUGUGGAGAGCCAGUCCAUCACCGAGUGUGCCGAGCAGAGUCUGUGUGACCGCAGGUCCUGCCAGCAUGGUGGUACUUGCCUGAUGACUGCCGAGUACGAGUUCCAGUGCCUCUGUAGGGACGGAUACGAGGGAGAGCGCUGUGAGUUGGUUAAGAUGCCUGUCAGGGACUCCUCUCAGUGCCAGAACGGCGGCAACUGUGUGGCGGGCGUCUGCGUGUGUCCCGUGGGCUACAUGGGCCUCUUCUGUGAGGAAGGGAAGGAGGCCGUCGUCACAGAGACGCCGUGGAGGUCUGCGCGCGACGCGGUUAACGAUUUCCCAGUACGGUAUGCUGCGUACUUCCAUGAUGACAGCUACCUAGCACUUCCUAAACCAAUGUUCACACGCAGCUCACCUGAUUCCCCGGAGACUAUCCAGCUGGAGAUAAACACGGCGUCUCCAAACGGUCUUAUUCUGUGGCAGGGAGUGGAACCCGGAGAACAAGGAAGGGGGAAAGACUUCAUAAGUCUGGGCUUACAGAAUGGACACCUGGUUUUCAGUUACCAGCUAGGCAGUGGAGAGGCAGAGAUCCUGUCCAGAGAACGCAUCGAUGACCAACGCUGGCACAAGAUCGUCGCAGUCAGGACAGGAAAGCAGGGUUACAUCCAGGUGGAUGGCAGGACACUCCGACUUGGCCAGUCACAAGGCAAGAGCAUCAUGGUUAACACCAAAGGCAACAUGUACAUAGGGGGCGCUCCGGACAUAUCCAUGCUGACUGGAGGCAAGUUCACCUCAGGCCUCACGGGCUGCCUGAAGAACCUGUCUCUGCUGAACGCCCGGCCGGGCGAGAAGCCCGCGGCGCCCGUCGACCUGCAGGUCCACGCAGAGGAGGGCGUCAACGUGCAGCGCUGCCUGUUGUAGACUGCCCCCGACAACACCCACCAGAGACUGAAGAAAACUUCACACACACACACACACACAUACACACACACACACAUACGCAAAUGAAAGAGACACAAUUCUCAGACAUCUACAGGACAAUAAAUGGUUUUUACUUGCAUUAUAGGCUAUAAACACACACACACACACACUCUUUCACACUGACAUGUUUUCUUGGUGCCUUACUGCUGCCAAAAAAAAAAAACCCCACAAAAUGCAAAAUGGAUUCUGUGUUGUAUUAAAACCAAAAAAUCAAAAAGAAAAGACAAGAGAAAACAAGUCUAAAUGUUAUUAACAAGUGUUCAACCUCUCAGUGUUGUAUUCUCAGUGAAGGACAAUUAACAAGGGAUAAUCAGUUCCGUUUACAUAGUAGUUGUUUUUUUAGUCAUAAAAUUAUAAGAAAAGCGAUAAGGAAAAAAACCCUUCAACUAUGGGUCAGAUCCUAUGGAGUCAGAUGUUUUUACAGCACUGAAUUUUUAUUUAUAUACAUAUGGAUAUAUAAAUCUAUAUUAUAUAUUUGUGUGGGUGGUGGAGGCGGGUCGUGCUAAUUAAUCAUAACCUGCUUGUCUUUAUUUCUUCGAGUGGCCUCUGGCUCCAAAUAAUAUAUGUCUGAAGCUUUGGGCUGAGUGGUGUUGAUACUUGAAGAGUCCCCAUGUUCUCCACGAGGUCAGGGCGGGCGAGCGUGCUCAGAGGCUGAGGCUGCCGGAACAGGAGGGGUGCUGUACUCUGGGAAGACUGUAGCUUCAAGGUGGUGUCAUGACACAUCUCAGGUGAAACCGGAGGCAGGAAAGCAAUGAAAGCAUCAUGGACUGAGGCAAGGAAACUUUAGGAGAUGUUGGGGGUUUUUUUUAUAUGCAGUUUAUACUAAAAAUAGAGAAUCAUCAAACUUCCUCUGUGUCAGGUGUAUUAAUAAAUGGUGCUUAAUUCAAAUAGAUUCAGUCAUAAUGAAAAGACGCUCGCUCUCUCAUUCACAUUUUCACCUCUCCUGUCUUCUUGCUUGGCUGUGUCUCACGUGGAUUGUAAGUCUCAGCAAUAAACAUUUCUUUGCUUCUUGCCAGGCCACAGUUAAAGUAUGGAAGCUUUUUUUUUUUAGAUGUCUGGAUAGUAAGGGCGUUUCACUGUUGAGGAAGGGCAGGAAUGUUUAAGUGUAAAUGAAUAUUGCCACUUCCAGAAUCUAAGUUUAUUGAGUGGCUCACAAAUGUUUUGAUAUUAGAUUAUCAUGGUCAGUGAAUAUGUUUUGUUUGGAUUUUUUUCACUUUUUGUCAGUAACUAUUUAGAACAGUUUGCUUAUGUUCUGUUCAGUCUAAAAGAUUUGUAUUUUAUAUUUUCCAGCAGUCACACCAAAGGCUUGUGUGUCUAUUUGUUGUUUGUGCCAAAAGUUGCCUGUUUGCAUGUCCGCUGUCUUUUUUAUUCAGAAGAGACUUGCGAGUCUUAAACUCUUGACCCACCUCAGAAUAAAAAAAAAAAAAAGUC